AUGCAAUGUCCAGGCCUGCGGCUCUGCAGCACUGCGCUAAAACUCUUGGAUUUCGACGAGCCCGAGGCUCGGACCCAUGGCGCAGGCCAUGUCACCUCGCCAUCCCCCGCGCUUCUCGCGGCCAUGAAGCUCGCCAUGCUACCUCUCGCCAGUUCGCAUUCACACCUCGCGGGGCCACGGCAAUGGUGUGUUGCCGGUAGCCGUCCCGCCGAUCCGAUCCGACAUACAUCCCCUUCGAUCGCCCUUCCCUGCCCUGCCCUGCCCAGCUUGGAGAUGCCUGCUGCGUGCUGCUCCUCCAUCGCGCUCCUCGCUCCCAGCCAGGCACGUGUCCAUCGCUGUCUCGUCGUUCCACCAGCGUCGUCGAGGCCAACACGCUAUCCCACUACCACUAUCCCUACCCGACCUUCGCCUCGACAUCCUCAUACCACCCUGCAGCGCACGUUUCGAAAGCCCAGCCCAUCAGCCAUCCCGAUCUUUUCAUAUACACAUCGUCCUCAGCUUCAUAAGCUGCACAUUGCCGACGAUCCAUUUACCGUGUCGCCGCCCGCCUUCAUCUUGCAGCCUCGGAUCGUCGAGUCGACAUAA